UGUGCUUAUUAACUUACGCAGAACAAAACAAUACGCGAAAUGAGAGAGUAGCAUCAGUUGGGAACGAUUGCAAGUUGUCAUAUCUCGCGCUAGUUAAGCCAGACAGUCUUGUAUGAAAUCAAGCACAGAAUAUAAAUAAUUGAAGGUACAUUAUUUCCGCCGCUGAUUCAUGGGCUUUCAACUGUAAUAAAUUUAUCGAACUUAACUAAACAAUGCAACUGGCAAAAUGGCACUCAAUGAUUUGAAAAUUCGCACCAAGGAUGGAGAAAUACUUGAGACCCGUGAGCUAUUAUUUGAAAAAUCUUCUAUAGUUCAAGAAGCGAAAAAGGUUUCGAUGGAGAAAGGCUGUAUUUUGUUAAAUACAAUAACAUCAAAUAUUUUGCGUCGCGUCAUCAUUUGGGCAGAAAAAUGCGACAAUGAUUCGUAUGGAUUGGAAAGUGGUGAAGUGGAGAAGUGGAAGGAGAAUUUCUUAGAUGUCGACAAUGAGACACUAUUCCAAAUUAUAAACGCCGCUGACGAUUUGCAGCAAAAGGACCUGGUCAAAAGAGCUAUUGAAAAAGUGGUGAAGGAAAUCGAAGACAAAACAGCACCGGAAAUAGCAAAAUACUUCAAUUUGCGUUCGAAAAACGUGCAUUUGUAAGUUGUACUUGUAGCUAAAAAUGUAUGUAUGUAUGUAUGUAUGUAUUUGUAAACAUGUUUGAAAUUAAAGUAUUAGCAAAAAAUGUAUAA